AUGAUCUCCGGUGUCCUCAUAUUCAACCAAAAGGGCGAGAACCUCAUCUUCCGUGCCUUCCGAAACGACUGCCGUCCUCGCCUCGCCGAUGUCUUCCGCAUCCAAGUCAUCUCCAACUCCCAGGUCCGGUCGCCCAUCUUGACGCUUGGUAGCACCACCUUCAGCCAUGUCAAGCACGAGAACAUCUACCUGGUCGCCAUCACCAAGAGCAAUGCCAAUGCCGCCCUCGUCUUCGAGUUUCUCUACCGUCUGAUACAGCUAGGCCGGGGGUACUUUGGCAAGUUUGACGAAGAAGCUGUGAAAAACAACUUCGUCCUGGUGUAUGAGCUGCUGGAUGAAAUCAUCGAUUUCGGAUACCCCCAGAACACCGAGACCGAUACGCUAAAGAUGUACAUCACCACCGAGGGUGUCAGAAACGAGUCGCGCUCCGAGAACACGUCCAAGAUCACCAUGCAGGCCACCGGCGCCCUAUCAUGGCGCAAGGCCGACGUCAAAUACCGCAAGAACGAAGCUUUCGUCGAUGUGAUAGAAGAUGUCAACCUCCUCAUGUCAGCCACCGGUGCCAUCCUGCGCGCGGACGUCAACGGCCAGAUCAUCAUGCGCGCCUAUCUGUCCGGCACACCCGAGUGCAAGUUCGGCCUCAACGACCGCCUACUGCUCGACAACGACGGCCUGCACAGCCUCCCUAGUGGGAAUCGCAUGGGCACAAAGGCUACAAAGGCAGCCGCAGGCAGCGUGACCCUCGAGGACUGCCAGUUCCACCAGUGCGUCAAGCUUGGCAAGUUCGACAGCGACCGCAUCAUCAGCUUCGUGCCACCGGACGGCGAGUUCGAGCUCAUGCGCUACCGUGCCACCGAGAACGUCAACCUCCCCUUCAAGGUCCACGCCAUCGUCAACGAGGUCGGCAAGUCCAAGGUCGAGUACAGCAUCGGCGUCAAGGCCAACUUUGGCCCCAAGCUGUUUGCCACCAACGUCGUCAUCCGCAUCCCUACGCCGCUCAACACCGCCAAGAUCACGGAGCGGUGCACCCAGGGCAAGGCCAAGUACGAGCCCUCGGAGAACUGCAUCGUCUGGAAGAUUUCCCGUUUCACCGGCCAGAGCGAGUUCGUGCUCAGCGCCGAGGCCAUCCUCACGAGCAUGACCAACCAGCGCGCCUGGAGCAGGCCCCCCCUCAACCUCAACUUCAGCCUGCUCAUGUUCACCAGCUCCGGCCUCCUGGUCCGGUAUCUGAAAGUGUUCGAGAAGAGCAACUACUCCAGUGUCAAGUGGGUGCGGUACAUGACAAGGGCAGGGUCGUACGAAAUAAGGUAA